GUGAAAGUUGGUGGUUGGCGGGACCAUUUACCCUGGAAACGCUCGCCCAUAUAGAAGUGCGUCGCGACGCGGCCGCCAGUUUCGUUCAGCUACCAUCCCGAAAUCGCCUACACCUUCGCUAUGAAGUUCCUCAUCUUACUGUUGGCUAUAGUGCCCAUUUAUGCAACUAACGACGCAUCCGAAGUUCUUUUGGGACAGGAAUUCCAGUACUCAUCUAUUGAUCACCUGCGCGAGAGAAGGCAAGCAGGGAAUUAUCGCACAUUGAAUCAAGCUCCACCUCAAAUACAACAACUUUUGGAAGCCCAAAAUUCACGUCGUCCCCUCGUGCCCGUUCCAACACAACCGAUCCCAAAACUGGGACCUUCUCAACCUAUCCAACCUCAACAACUUUCUCAGGCGCAGGUCUCGCAGUACAAGCCUCAAGUCACAUUCUCAUCGAAUAUUCAGCAACCGGAUUACACGGCAAUUCAGUCGGGAAGCGGUGGUCAGUAUCAGAGACCGAUUCCUCAGCAACCGCUGUAUCGUCCUCUCCCUCAACAAAACUAUAACUCGCAACCGCAACCGCAAUACUCUUCGAAACUGCCGCCUCAUCUUCAGCAAUUAUUGCAAUAUCAAAGCAACUUGGCGAACGCCAUCCCUCGAAGAGCAUAAUUUCAAUUUGAAGAAAGAAAAAGAGUGUAAACUGUCUGGUGAGAUGAUAAUUUUAAUCUAAUUUAUGUUUUAAUUUUGAUACUUGUUGAGAUGUAAGAUUUCUGAAAAGGAAGAUUGAUGAUUUAAGAUACAUCAUUGAACCUCAUCAGACGGUUGCAUUUCAGAAAUUUCGAAAAUAAAGUUGUUUUUUGUUAUGAUUUUUAUUAUUGAGAUUAUUGAUGUCUGAGUUUAUUAAGGCAUAAGGGUGGUAACAUGAAUAUUAUGAGAAAAUAAUUUUCAUAGAAGUAUAUGUAAUAGAAGUUAUGUAAUAAGGAAUUUUGAUUUCUGUAGGAAAUUGUAUUUGACUGUAGUUGUAAUAAAAUAAG